UGUUGGUGGCAGCAAAACGCCUCCUGCCUCCCCAUCACGGUUGUUGACAUCAAUCGAAGAAGAUAAGGCCGCUGUCGCUUGAUCAUGAGUCAAAUUUCGGCAUGGGUACUCAAAUAAAAGACGUCUUCAUUAGCCCUGACGCUCCCCACACGCUCCUGCUGGACAAACAUGCAGACUACAUCGUUGCUUAUGGCUCCAAAAAGGAUGACUAUGAGUACACACUGUCCGAAUACCUGCGCAUGAGCGGCAUCUACUGGGGUCUGACGGUCAUGGACCUGAUGCAUCAGCUGCCACGCAUGAACCGCCAGGAGAUCAUAGACUUCAUCAAGGAGUGUCAGCACCAGUGCGGUGGCGUCGGCGCCAGCAUCGGCCACGACCCACACCUGCUCUACACGCUCAGCGCCGUGCAGAUUCUGUGCUUGUACGACAGCGUGGACUCACUGGACGUGGACAAAAUUGUGGAGUAUGUCCAAGGGCUGCAGCAGGACGACGGAUCAUUUGCUGGAGAUAAGUGGGGUGAAAUUGACACAAGAUUCUCCUUCUGCGCAGUGGCCACCCUUUCAUUGCUGGGAAAGAUGGAUGCCAUCAACGUGGAGAAGGCGGUGGAGUUUGUCUUGUCCUGUAUGAACUUUGACGGUGGUUUCGGAUGCAGGCCCGGGUCCGAGUCGCAUGCCGGUCAGAUUUACUGCUGCACGGGCUUCCUCUCGCUGACGGGCCAGCUGCAUCAGCUCAACGCCGACCUAUUGGGCUGGUGGCUCUGCGAGAGGCAGCUGCCGUCAGGCGGCCUCAAUGGGCGUCCUGAGAAGCUUCCGGACGUCUGCUACUCCUGGUGGGUUCUGGCGUCUCUCCGGAUCAUCGGCAAGAUCCACUGGAUCGACAAGGACAAGCUGCGCACUUUCAUCCUGGCCUGUCAGGACGAGGAGACGGGAGGCUUCGCCGACCGGCCGGGAGAUAUGGUGGACCCUUUCCACACUCUGUUUGGUAUCGCCGGGCUCUCCCUGCUGGGGGACGAGAAGAUCAAGGCGGUCAAUCCUGUGCUGUGCAUGCCCGAGGACGUCCUGCAGAAGCUCGGCCUGAAGCCGGAGCUCCUCAGCUAACCCUCGUGUGCUAGUGUCUUACACUGGCACGCACGCACAAGUUGUCAUCACUGAACAUUCCUGUAUGCAAAACUUCUAGUAAUGUUCAACUCCUAAAUAACACAGGGACUCUCGCUCCCAUCAAUGUAGACAAACAUCUUUCUUAAAACGGCUCACUACAGUAUGCAGAUUAAAUGGUUACUUUAAUGUUUAUCAUCUGUCCAAAGGUCAUUUAGUGUGAAUAUGUAACUUAUUUGGUUGCUUCGAGCAAUAAAUGUUUCAAUCCGCA